AUGUCACGUGAAAUCAAACAAAGAAUUAUUUCUAUUAUGCCGUUAUAUUUAUCAAAAGAAUGUCCAGCUUAUAGUGAACUUAUUAAAGCAAUUGAAGAUAUACCAGAUGAUAAAUUUUAUCAAGUAAUAAGUGACCCAUUAUUAUCUAUUAAUCAACGUAUUCAUUAUCUAUUUGAUGAAAUUUUGUUUUUUAUCAAUCAACAUUAUCCAAUUACUCAUGAACAAGGUUUACAAUUAGAUCGUUUCAUUAAUGAAAUUAAAACUAUUUGUAUUGAUUUGAUAAAAAAUAAUGAAACAAUGAAAAAUGAUAUUGUACGUUUAGAAAAUCGUAUUGAAGGUUUAGAAAAUCAUAUUGAAUGUCUGGAAAAUGAUAGAAUUGAAACAAAAAAACGUCGUGCAAUAGCUGAAUUAUUAACACCAUUUGUCAAAGAAAUUAGAACUAUGAUGAUUAAUCAACAUGUAUCUGAUUGUUAUUAUUCAAAAUCAAUAAUUAAUGCAUGUUUAUUACGUUCACAAGGUCAAAGUAUAUCAUGGGAAGUAGCUGAUUUUAACAGAGAUAAUCGGCAAACCAAUUUUGAUAUAAAUAUAUUUAAUAAUUUUGAAUUAAUUAUCAAACAUCAAACUGAUUCAUUACGACUUAAUUAUGAUACUUUACUUAAAUUUUUAUUAGAUAAAAUGGAUCGUAAUGAAGCUGAAUAUGAUACUGUAAAAAAAUUUUUACGUCAUAAUGCACAUGGUAAUACAUCAUUCAAUGAAUAUCUAUCGUCCAUUGGUAUAUCUGAUGCAUUUGAUAUGAAUUAA